AUGAGCUCAAAGGGACAUGCUGUUCUCACCGCCGGUGCGGUGUUGGUCUCGACAACCGGAGUUGCCAUUAGCUCUCGAGUGGCCGCGCGAUGGCUGCACAAGACCAUGGGAUGGGAUGAUGUCCUCAUCCUCGUUGGCUUUGUGUUUUCGGUGGCGAUGUGCACCUGCGUGAUGGUUGCUACGAGGUUUGGACUAGGAGUGGACCGCCACCUAGUUGGCGACGAGGACUAUGACAUCUAUCUCAAGCUCCAAAUAGCCAGCUCGGUCACGUACAGCUGGGGGGUGCAGAUCGCGAAAGCAUCCUUCGCGGUACUCUACUUGAGGAUAUUUCCCGAAGGCAGCUUCCGAAUCGUCAAUAAGAUACUCAUCGGGUUCCUCCUAUGCCAGUCUAUCGAAGAGACAUUCGUGACCCUAUUCAAAUGCAUCCCCAUAGAAAAGUCCUGGAACUUCAGAAUGGAAGGUACCUGUCUUGACUUACACCCGCUUUGGUAUUCCACCUUCGUCUUCAAUAUGAUUAGCGAUCUUAUAUUAUUCCUCGAACCGAUACCCUCCACGUGGAAGCUUCAGCUACCGUUGGUCAAGAGGCUUGGCCUAAUUGCUAUGCUCUCGUUGGGUUUACUAGUAACAGCAAUCGCAGUGAUACGCAUCGUAUACGUUACAGCGAUAGGUUCUAAUGAUACAUACGAGCUCGCGGAUCCCCUGAUUUGGUCGAUGACCGAAAUCUGCGCCCUCAUCAUAUGUUCUUGCAUCCCCUCGCUUAGGCAGGUUGCGGCGAAGAUCCCCGGCCUCAACAGCGCCCUCGGCUUGUCUUCCGGCGGAGGCUCCAAGACCUAUUACGGCCACUCCGGGGGUAAGAAUACGUCGAUACCGCUACAGAACCGUGGGCGGAAGGAGUACAUACAAUCACAGAAGACAAAGAACCAGAUCAGGGGGACGGGGUUCGGCAUGACGAGCCGCGCCACGGCUGUGCCCAUGGAUGCGCUUAGCGAGAACGGCAGCCAGGACGAGAUAUUCCCGCACAAGAGCGAUCAGAACGGCGUUAUCAUGGUCACAACCGAGUUACAACACCACGUCGAAUCCCAGGCAGAGAGCGCGACGACGUUCACCGACGCAUCCUCACAGCACAACGUCGAGCCGAGGAAUAGUACCUAA